AAAUAUCAAUACCUUAGUCUGGUUUCUUCUUCUUCUUCUUAUCGUGCUUCUGUUUUUCUUCUUAUCAUGGCCGCGUCUAAUCUCUCCACCCUCUGCUCCUCUUCACACUCCAAACCCUCUUUCCCUUUCUUCAACACACAAAGCUUCAGCGUCAACACUAACACUCUUUUUCUCAACACCACCACCAACUCCUUUCAAACCCUUCUCUCUCAUUCCACCCGCUACACUCUGCCUCUCCCAUGCACCAAAACCACAAACACUUUCGCCUCCUUCAAUGAUGACGAAAAGCCUCGCGAAGAGUGCGGCGUUGUGGGCAUCUACGGCGACCCAGAAGCCUCCCGUCUCUGCUCCCUCGCCCUCCACGCCCUCCAGCACCGCGGCCAGGAAGGCGCCGGCAUCGUCGCCGUCGACAACAACGUCCUCCACACAGUCAACGGCGUUGGCCUCGUUUCUGACGUCUUCGACGAGACUAAGCUCUCUCAGCUACCCGGCUCCUGCGCCAUUGGCCACGUCCGCUACUCCACCGCGGGACACUCCAGGCUCUGCAACGUCCAACCCUUCGUCGCCGGCUACCGCUUCGGCUCCGUCGCCGUCGCGCACAAUGGAAACUUCGUGAACUACCGGUCCCUGCGCGCCAAACUGGAAGACAACGGGUCCAUCUUCAACACGACCUCCGACACCGAGGUGGUGCUCCACCUGAUCGCCACCUCCAAGCACAGACCUUUCCUACUGAGAAUCGUGGAUGCCUGCGAGAAUCUGAAGGGCGCGUACUCCCUGGUGUUCCUCACGGAGGACAAGCUGGUGGCCGUGAGGGACCCCUUCGGGUUCCGACCGUUGGUGAUGGGAAGGAGAAGCAACGGCGCUGUGGUUUUCGCCUCGGAGACAUGCGCGCUGGAUUUGAUCGAAGCGACGUACGAGCGAGAGGUGAACCCGGGUGAGGUUGUGGUGGUGGACCACACCGGAAUCCAAUCCCUCUGCCUCGUGACUCAUCCGGAGCCAAAGCAAUGCAUCUUCGAGCACAUAUACUUCGCGCUUCCCAACUCUGUUGUCUUCGGGAGGUCCGUGUACGAGUCCAGGAGAAAAUUCGGGGAAAUACUGGCCACCGAGAGCCCCGUCGAGUGCGACGUAGUGAUCGCGGUUCCUGAUUCCGGGGUGGUGGCUGCGCUUGGCUACGCUGCAAAAGCUGGGGUUCCCUUUCAGCAGGGGUUGAUAAGGUCGCACUAUGUGGGGAGGACCUUCAUCGAGCCCUCGCAGAAAAUAAGAGAUUUUGGGGUGAAGCUGAAGCUGUCUCCGGUGCGUGGCGUGCUCGAAGGGAAGAGGGUUGUGGUGGUGGAUGACUCCAUUGUGAGGGGCACCACAUCGUCCAAGAUUGUGAGGCUGAUAAAGGAAGCGGGUGCCAAAGAGGUCCACAUGAGGAUUGCGUGUCCACCCAUUGUUGGGUCCUGUUACUACGGCGUCGACACCCCCAGUAAGGAGGAGUUGAUUUCCAACAGGAUGAGUGUGGAGGAGAUAAGAGAGUUUAUUGGGUCUGAUUCCCUCGCUUUUCUUCCCUUGGACACGUUGAAGAGGUUGUUGGAGGAUGAUGCUCCUAACUACUGCUAUGCUUGCUUCUCCGGAAAAUACCCUGUUCAGCCGGAGGAACUUAAAACCAGCAACCUCAAUGAGUUUGAUUGGGACGAUGCUUUGAAUGGGAGUUUGAAAUCUAUUGAGAACGAGGGUUGGGUUAGAAACCAGGAGGGAGUGUCUGAGAAUAAGAUUGUUAGUGUCUGAGAAAGGGUAAUGCUUCUGUCAUGUUCUGUUUUGUUAUGUUGGGUAAGUGUAAGCUAAGUGGGAAUUGACCGUUGGGUUGAGUAGAUAAAUAUGUCAAACCACACACCACAUUACUACUACUACUACAAGCUAUAACUAUACUAUACACAGUAAUCUGAAUUCCCAAAAACCCUGCUUAAUAAGUACCCUUUGUUGGUCUGCAAGUGUGUUAAGAUAUGCAUAUAUGGAACUCUCUCCUUGUUUAGAAUUGGAGGGACACACCAGAUUAAAUUCUGAAGUUAUGAUUUUUGUCAAUGUAGUUCCUCAAAUUACUCAAAUAGAAUAAACUAUGAAACAUAGUUGUUUCAAACAUUUAA